AAGCAGUGACUGCUGUUAUGUAUCUACCAAUAAUUUCAAAACAACAAAAGAGAUAUUUAAGUAACAAAUUCACUUUUUUGUCAAUUUCCUUGCGUUGCUUAGGUUUUGGAAAAAAAAUAUUUCAUCAGAUUUUUUACAUGAUUAUCCUUUUUUAUACAAAGUUUCAUGGAAAUCAAGGAAAUAAUUUUUAAGUUAUAGCUGAAAGAUCAAAUUUGGCAUUUUUUGAAUGUUCACAUCCCUGCCUAUGUUUUUUGAACAUGUCUACUUAACAUAUUUUAUAGCGACUUAGCUACACAAUGUUUAAAUUAAAAAUAUAAAGUGAGUUUGUAGAAAUUUGUUGACUAUAGCAAAGAACCUCUCUGUAUAUAGCUUUUGUCUAGGCGCACUAUAGACUACUUAGCAUUGAUCCCGUGUUAAUAGUUAUUUUAAUUGCAACAGCCACUAUGAAACAGGUGUUACAAAAUAUUGAUGAAAAUUUGGACUUUUUGAGGAAUAACAGAUUUUUUAGAAAUAUAUAAAAAAGGAGUUCUCAACACAUAGUUACUGGUAACACACAUAUCUGACCAGUCAAAUAAUUUGAAGGUUGCAUUUAAAGUAUUUUCAAUAAUGAGCAUUAAAACUCUAGGCUAUCUAAACACAUUUGCAUGCAUACUGCAACCUUAUGUUGUGACCAUCUACGAAUGAAAUCAUGUUUGCUCCAGAUGUUGGCUCUGUAAUUAGCCGGUCACAAGAGUAUCAAAGCUUUCGCAGUACGGUACCACAGCAAAAGGUUGUUGUUGAUUGUGAUGGGGAAGAAGAUAAAGUAUGGGUGGUAUAUGAUGCAGGUCCAAAGACUGUUCGAUGUCCUAUAGUGUUUCUUCCACCAGCCAGUGGAACCGCAGAUGUGUUUUUCAAGCAAAUUUUAACUUUGUCAAGUAUAGGAUACCGUGUCAUGUCUAUAGAAUAUCCAGUGUAUUGGACAUAUCAAGAAUGGGUCGAAGGAUUUCGUCGUUUAUUGGAUCACUUUCGUCUGGACAAAGUUCAUAUUUUCGGUGCUUCGUUGGGCGGUUUCUUAGCUCAGAAAUUUGCUGAACAUACAGUAAAAAGUCCACGUAUACACUCAUUAGUAUUAUGCAACUCGUUCACCGACACUACUGUCUUUCAACAAACUAAUGCUGUUGGAUUUUACUGGCUCCUACCAGGAUUCUUGUUAAAAAAAAUGAUUAUGGAUAACCUUCAAAUCAACGAAGUCGACCCUGACGUUGCGGAUGCGAUUGACUUUAUGGUGGAAAGGCUUGACGGUCUUGGCCGUGCAGAGAUCGCUUCACGUUUGACGUUGAACUGUCGAGAUUCGUACAUCGAGCCUCAAAAAUUGCAUGGCAUACCCAUUACUAUCCUCGAUGUGUUUGACGCAUGUGCAAUAUCCGAUCAAGUGAAAGAAGAAGUGUACAAAUGCUACCCAAAUGCAAAACGCGCCCAUCUGAAAACGGGCGGGAAUUUUCCGUACUUAUGUCGCAGUGCUGAAGUCAAUUUACAUUUACAACUUCACUUGCGUCAGUUCAAUCACACGCGUUUCAGUGCGGUCGACCCGCGUUUCCUUCCGGACGAAAAGGAGGAAUUAAAAGCAGCAAGUGAGUUACCUGAGCAACCACGUGACAACGAGAUAAUUGGGCAAGAAGAAGAGACUCAUCUUGACACACAACAACUCGAGACCCCCGGAGAAAGCGAAAGUUGAAUUUCCACACCAAUUUUUUUUUGUACUAAAUAAUAUUUUAAAAAUCUUUAAGAGUUAAAUGUCGCAGUAAUGGGCGAUAUUAUGUGACGUUGAAUUUUAGCCAACGCUGAUCCUUUUUGAUAGUAACACGAGAUAGUGUUUUACUCGUUUUUGUAAUCAUUUUGUCAUCACACCUGUUGAAUGAUUUUAAAAAAAGAACAUAUUUUUUGAAAAACGCAAGUUUAAAACAAUGUUGCUGAAAGAGGGAGUGAUGAGAGCUUGUUAAACCCUGAAAGUAAAGGCGUUUUAUGUAACGCAUGCGCAACAGAAUCCCCCUUCCAUUAUAAUGUAAAUAUGCGAAACAAUUUAUAAAGUAUUUCCGUUUUGUGACGUAAUUUUUUGUUUUCUUUUUCGUACUUGUUUUGUAAACUGUUUUUGGCGGGAAAAAAUUUGAUUCGUCUUGUUUA